GCCCGCGGCCGCCCGCGCUGCCCGCAGCCCGUGGAUGCGCUGAGCGCUCGGGCACGGAGCCGCCGGCCCCGCCGCUGCGGAGCCCGCAGGCCUUUGUUAAUCCCCGCGGCUCUCGGCGUUGCGCUGCCUCCUGCUCCCUGCGCCCGGGCGGCGGCGGCGGCGGCGGCGGGGGCUGCGCUUUUUUUUUUUUUUUUUUUUUAUCCCCUCCCUUUUUUUUUUUUUUUUUUUCCUUUUUGAAAUUAAAUUAAAUCCCUUUUCGCCAUGGGAUGUACCCUGAGCGCCGAGGAGCGGGCCGCCCUGGAGCGCAGCAAGGCCAUCGAGAAGAACCUGAAGGAGGACGGCAUCAGCGCGGCCAAAGACGUGAAGCUGCUCCUGCUCGGGGCCGGCGAGUCGGGGAAGAGCACCAUCGUGAAGCAGAUGAAGAUCAUCCAUGAGGAUGGCUUCUCUGGAGAAGACGUGAAGCAGUACAAGCCAGUGGUCUACAGCAACACUAUACAGUCUCUGGCAGCUAUUGUACGUGCCAUGGAUACCUUGGGCAUUGAAUACGGUGACAAGGAACGAAGGGCCGAUGCCAAGAUGGUCUGCGAUGUUGUAAGUCGGAUGGAGGACACAGAGCCCUUCUCUCCAGAGCUGCUGUCAGCUAUGAUGAGACUCUGGGCAGACUCUGGGAUCCAGGAAUGCUUCAACCGGUCCCGGGAAUAUCAACUCAAUGACUCGGCCCAAUACUACCUAGACAGCUUAGAUCGAAUCGGAGCUGCAGACUACCAGCCCACGGAGCAGGACAUCCUUCGAACCAGGGUCAAAACAACUGGCAUCGUAGAAACCCACUUCACAUUCAAAAACCUCCACUUCAGGCUCUUCGAUGUUGGAGGGCAGCGGUCGGAACGCAAGAAGUGGAUCCACUGCUUUGAGGAUGUCACGGCCAUCAUUUUCUGCGUGGCGCUGAGCGGCUACGACCAGGUGCUCCAUGAAGACGAAACCACGAACCGCAUGCACGAAUCACUGAAACUGUUUGACAGCAUCUGCAACAACAAGUGGUUCACAGAUACGUCCAUCAUCCUCUUUCUAAACAAGAAGGACAUAUUUGAGGAGAAAAUCAAGAAAUCUCCACUGACGAUCUGCUUUCCUGAGUACACAGGCCCCAGCUCCUUCACCGAGGCAGUGGCGUACAUCCAGGCGCAAUACGAGAGCAAGAACAAGUCUCCCAACAAGGAGAUCUACACGCACAUCACCUGCGCCACCGACACCAACAACAUCCAGUUCGUCUUCGACGCUGUCACGGACGUCAUCAUCGCCAACAACCUGCGGGGCUGCGGACUCUACUGAGGCCUCAGCAGACAGGUCCCCCUUCUGCUUCCCCUCCUUGGAGGGUGAUGAGGAAGGAACACGUGAACCCUUCCCUCUGCCCAGAACUGCAGCGUCCCACCUUCCCCGGCCCCCUCCCUGGCUUAUUUGGGUUUAUUUUUGGUGAAUUCCCCUUGCUGCCUCUUUCUGCUCCUCCGUUCCCAUUCGCAGUGCUGUAGAAGGAGCUGAUGCAUUUCCCACAAAGUGCAUUUCAACUGCCAAAAAACAGUAAUACCCCAUUUAAAAAAAAUAAUAAUAAUCAAAGCCUUAAAGUAUUUGUCAGCAACAGCGUAGUUUGGAUCCAAACCCGUUUUUUUUUCUCCUUGAAAUUAAGGGAUAUUUGUAACGCUUGCUAUUUAUCUCUUCCAAAAUUGCCAUUUCCUGGGCAGCAGCAAAUCGUUUUGAUCCCAUUGCUCCAGCUCCUGCCCCUGGAGCCCCAGGAAGAGCCCCAGCAGCCCCGCUCUGUGCUCUGCUCUCUAUCAGUGACACAGCCACCAGGGCCUGAGGGAGACCCACACAGUUACAGCACCUCCGAAGCGAUGCCUAAAAUUGCUGCAGAUAACAGUUUUACAUCAAUAUUUUCAGAAUUAAUGUUAAGAUCUGCCUGGUGUAAAGUAAAGAGUAAAGAGUAGAGUAAAGUGGCUCCUGUCCCCAGCCCUGUUGUGCUUUGCUGGGUCCCAUGUGGAAUGGCUGUAGGGAAGUGCCCAUGGUGGGGAUUUCUCUGUGUACCAAGGGAGGAAGUGUCCCAGCCAGGGCUCUGUGCAUGUCAUGGUGGCCCUGGGGAUGCUGCUGGCAACCCACAGCCCUCUGCCCCACGUUGUACCAAUGGGGACUGCAGGGAGAUGUCCCGGAGCCCUUCCAGACUGACUGCAGUGCUGAUGUUCCUAACUUCAGCUCUGGAACACCAGAAAUAUUCACACCGGUUUCCUGCAGCCAGGCUGUACCUAUAAGGCAGGGAUGUGCUUUUGGAAGCCUCAUUGGAAACCAGCAGCAGCUGGUGGAUUUGUCACCCAUGCCCCUGCAUCCUGGAGGUGUGGCUCCAGAGUUAGUCACAGAGUUGGUCACCUGCCAACCAGCAGAUGGGGAAGGUUGACCUGUCUGCUUCGUGGGGAGGGAGCUGAGCUGAGCUGAGCCGAGUGAUGGAGCAGGAAAAGGGCAAGGAGAGGGGAUUGGGGGAGAGCAGGGGACAAGUGAGUGGGGAGGGGCUGGGGAGCUCAGGGGUCAGAGACAGAAGUUGCAAAAGGACUGUAAGGGAGAUGAAAGCAGCAGGAGGGAGGAGAGGCUAAAGAGCUGAAUGUUAGUUCCAAGUGAUACCUUAAGUGUACAUAACUGUCAGCUCCAGCACGGAGCACAUCAUGUGCAGAGUGCCCCAGUGCCUACACCAGCAGCAAGGCCUUACUGAGCUCCAUCAGCAGAAUCAACUCAGCAGCAUGCGGGGUUUGGAGGUGCGCUGUUUCCACCCCUUACUGUGCCUGACAUUUUCUCCAAUUCACCAAGUCACAGAGGCUGUCUGCAGUGAAGGCAGCACCAAACCAAAGCCUCAGGAGUGUCUAGAAUGGAGCACACAGGGCUCUUUCGGGGAAGAAAGUGUGAAUUAACCCCAGAUGUGGCUGUGUCACCACUCCCCGUGACUGGCAGUCCAGGCAGUGCCAGACUGGGGCAGCCCAAGUGCCAGCCCAGUGUCUGCAAGAUGGGGAGCGGGGGCAGGAGGCGGUGCUGCAAUGGAGUCUUUCCUUUCCUUUGGCAUUUUGUACAUCUAAAGCUCCAUUCCAGCUGCUGCUGUUGGUGUUCCAUUCCCUCCUUCCCAACAGAUGUGCCUUCUGGAGGCGAUGCUCCUUCGUGGGGUACCACGUGCAGGGCACGCUGAGGGGUCCCAGCAGAAAGGGAGAACCUGGUGCUGCUCUGUAUGCAGCGAGAGGGCCAGGUUCAGGGAGAUGGCCAAACUCCAUCAGCUCACUUCGCUGAAGGGCAAUUCCAAAGACGCAGAACCCCGCAGGAGGAAAACCUUUCCAGGGCCUGAUAGCAAUAAGCACACACCCACAAGCACACCUGAACGCACAGCCGCGUGCUCCAAAGGCCACAUCUCCUGGGCCCUUAGGGACCCCCUCAGAGUGUGCAGCACAGCCGUGCAAACGACCCGGCAGAGACAGGAGCUCUGGCAGCACCCAGUGCCCCGCAGUGCCUUCACCGUGAGCAGCCUCAGCCCUCCGCCUCGCACACAGAGUUGAAAGAGGAACCCCCUCCCUACUAAAACCCCGCUCCCAAUGCAGCACCCUCUCCCCACUCCUCCUUUCCCCCUGCAGCUCGACACAGGAGCAGCGACCGUCACCGUGGCUCUGGCGCCGUCCCCUCCUCCCACCGGACCGCCGAGCCGCUCCUCCCGCAUGUCUGAUGGCCCCAACCGCAUUAACUGUAAUUUUGUACGAAGAGUGACUGUCCAUUGGUUUAAUAGAACGUUAGCUAUUGUAAUAAUUUAUUGGCUGUCAGUAAUGUAUUUAUUAGUUACAAAAUGUUAAUAAAGUGCCAGCUCUUUUCUAGUGUGAGAGGGCUUUAUUUGGUCUCCCUUGGCAUGUUCUGCUUCUUGGCCCCAGCAUCGGCCGUUCUUCUGCUCCGUGCACGUAGAGCAGCCAUCCGUGUGCUGGGUUUCCUGCUCUUGCCUUGCACCUGGAAGAGCACUGGCAAAGGAUGAAGCCAGAAGGUGAGAGAUCUUCACCCCAACGUGGCCGUAUCCGCGCUGCUCAUUGCCAACGCAAGCAGCCAACUGCAACACUGCGGGGUAAAGAGCAGCCAUGUGCACCGCGCUCUUUCAAAGACCUGGCCUUCUGCUGCGAGGCUCUGCUGUUGCAAGCAUCUGCACGAAAGGCAUUCAGACAAACCAUGGCGAUCUGGCACCAUGCAUUGCAGACGGCGUCCUCGGCUUGUUGCCGGCGUUGCCCCAAGCCUUCCUCCAGCGUCGUGGCUGCACACCCAGUACCAGCAGCGAGCGCUGCGAUGUUCUGCCUCCAUCAGUCAGCACCGGCACAGCGACAAAGGCGCUAUUUCUGGUUCAAUUUCAGCAAAUCGUGCUUCUCCCCCACCACGGUGACACAAUACUUGGAGCACCUUUCGGUCCCCUCAAAAUAACACUCGUGUCACUUUGUUCUUUUGUGUUUGAUCCAAAGGGCUUCCAUUACUGGAGGCAAGAAAUAGAAAGCAUGAAUACCAGUUUGAAGAAAGCAAGGGAAAAUUUUCCAUCAGCCUCAGCGUAGGAAAAUCAGCUGUCAUUGCUGCUGCCUUCACUGCGUUCAGCGCUGCGGCUUCGGCAGGACCUGGCCUCACAGCCCCAUCCUGCAGAGCUAAGGACCAGCUCCAGGGAGCACUGGAGGCUCAGGAAGAGGGAUUUUCCUUUGUGUAUUUGUCCUAGGGUUUCCCAACAUCUCCUCCAGGAUGGUGUCCUGCAUGGGCGCCCGGAAGUCAUCAGGGCUGUUCUCGCUGCAUUUGGGGCUUCCAUCCCCCAGGCGCAGCCUUUGUUUCCUCUGCUCCUGCACCACUCCUCUAUAGUGUUCACACAGAACAAAGCGGGGUGAACAAGGAAACGAAACCUGCCCUGCUGCCUGCAGGAAAACCUCCAGCCCUUUUGCAAAGGCCGCUUGGCCAAGGCGAGAAGAGCUGCGUCCACUUGUGAUGGUUUGUUUUCAGUCAAUCAAUAGGAGUUUUUAAAAUACAUGUAUAAGGAUCAAAUGAGGUCCAGAAGCUCUGGAAAGCAGCUGUUUGGCAUUCACAGCUCUGCUUCGCCAAGGAAACGACAGCGUAAUCUCAAAGCCUUUCGAGAUGAAAUCAGACAUCUGCUAAAUUUUGCAUGCAAAAGCUGCAGCCGAAGUGUAGCUAAGAAAAUGACUCACUAAUAAAACAUUCAUGGAAAACUCCAAAAUGUGUAAUUGGGUCAUCAUUUCAUUAGGGAGCACCUGCACGCUCCCGGAUGGCGAAGGAGCUCUGUGCCCCGACUGCCAAGCCCACAGCCCUGCAGCCCCUCGGCAUCGCCUCCUCCUGCUCUCCUUUCUCUCUGUCCUGGCUGCUAACAGCUCCCACAGCACGGGGAAGGCCGGGUGUGGUUUGUUCAUGCAUGAAAGGAGUACUAAACAACACGGCUCUUAGCGGUUUCCUCUGUGUUCCUGCUCAAGCUCUCACAUGCUUUAAGCCUCCCCAGAGCAGCCCAGGGGCGGGCUCGGCAGCUCCCUUUGUGCCCUGCAUUUCUCAGCCAGGAGCUGUGGUUCCCAAAGGCUGAGGACGUGGCUGACGGCUCCGUGGGGCAGCACCUGCCCCAGCCCCGUGCUGCACCCUGGGCUGUGCCCCACCACGAUGGCAUCACUUGGCCCACAGAUGGGUCACCCCAGAGCCCGCAGCCACUUCCCCAGCCCUCUCUUUGGGCAGAUGAUGAAUCAACAGCUCUUUCUCCACUGUUUCUCGUGACUCCAGCAUCAGCAUCAGCCCUGCCAGGAGCAGGGGGUGGUGGAGGAGAAGCUGCAGCCCCAUGCCCCACCUCACCCCUACCCCUGUCUGACUGUAGGGGUUUUGCUUCCUAACCAUUUCAGUGUGGAAAAACCAGUUCUCCUCUCUUCUAACUCUCUCUCUUUGCCUUUCUCUCCUCCUCUCCAUGCUCCCUG